UCCUUCCUUCCUCUACAGCAUGUUCAAGGAUUUGUCUGAGGCCUUGAAGGAGGCCACCAAGGAGGUGCACAUCCAGGCGGAGAAUGCCGAGUUCAUGAGGAACUUUCAGAAGGGCCAGGUGACCAGGGAAGGCUUUAAGCUGGUGAUGGCCUCCUUGUAUCACAUCUAUGCGGCCUUGGAGGAGGAGAUAGAACGCAAUAAGCAGAACCCAGUCUAUGCCCCGCUCUACUUCCCUGAGGAACUGCACCGAAAGGUUGCCCUGGAGCAGGACAUGGCCUUCUGGUAUGGUCCCCACUGGCAGGAGACCAUCCCUUACACACCGGCCACACAGCAGUAUGUGAAGCGCCUCCAUGAUGUGGGGUGCACUCAUCCCGAGCUGCUGGUGGCCCACACAUACACCCGUUACCUGGGUGACCUCUCAGGGGGCCAGGUACUGAAGAAGAUUGCACAGAAAGCCCUGGGCUUGCCCAGCUCCGGUGAGGGCCUGGCCUUUUUUACCUUCCCCAACAUCGACAGUCCCACCAAGUUCAAACAGCUCUAUCGUGCUCGAAUGAACACUCUGGAGAUGACACCUGAGGUCAAGCACAGGGUGACAGAGGAGGCUAAGACUGCAUUCCUGCUCAACAUUGAGCUGUUUGAAGAGCUUCAGGAGCUGCUGACACAGAACCACAAGGAUCAGAGCCCCUCAGAGAUGGAGGGCCUUCGCCAGCGGCCGGGCAGCAUGGUGCAAGAGACAUCCGGAGGGAAGCCCCAGAUCAGCACGAGUCCAUCCCAAACACCACUCCUCCGAUGGGUCCUGACCCUUAGCUUUCUGAUGGCAACAGUGGCAGUGGCAAUCUAUGCCAUGUGAAAGCAAAUGUGCUGCCCCAGGGGCUGUGAACUCUACCAGUGAAGGGCCUUCUCUUCUGUAUGAGAGAAUCUUGCCUGGCUCCCUUCUUUUGGGCCUUAAGAAGCUUUUGGGGCUCCUAGACCCCUCCCUGUGUCUCCCUCUCUCUCUGCAAAGGAGGGAGAUGCUUGACAUAUUUUUCCCUCACCAAAAGCAUAUCCAGACAGUGGCCUGAACUUUGAAACCAGCAGCCCCAAUUCCUUCUGCAGAUCCCAAAAACCAUAGCCUGGCCAGGCGGUGGUGGCACACACCUUUAAUUCCAGCACUCAGGAGGCAGAGGCAGGCGGAUCUCUGUGAGUUUGAGGCCGACCUGGUCUACAGAGUGAAUGCCAGGAUAGGCUCCAAAGCUACACAGAAACACCCUGUCUCAAAAAACUAAAAAAGAAAACACACACACACACACACAAAAAAAAACAAGGCCUGAAGUGGCAGCUGUUCUGAGCCCAGUGCCUUGGUUGCUGGCAUCCAUGUUAACUGGCCAUGACUACUUUCCUCUGGCGUCAUGGCACUUUGAUAUCUGUGUGCAGAGAUUUUCUGUCUUGUGUUUCUGUCUUUUUAUUAUUUCCCCCAAAUGGCGAUAUUUUGUGUUGUUUUAUUUUUUCUAACAAAGUGGGGCUGUCUUUUGAGGGGUGGGUGGGAAACAGGUAUUUAAUAUUUGUAACCUUGUUCUCUGACUUUUGUGUGAAAUAAUAAAUAACAUUAGCUGACAGUCA